AAGAAAAAGACAGAACUUUCAAUCGUCAUUUGGAAGAGAAAUACGAAGUUCUAUCUUUAAAUAUCAUUUAAAGAUAGAACUUCCAAUUUUCACCAUUCUGUGAAAUAUCCCCAGAUUAGUGAUGAUGAUCUGCUAGCGUGUUGAAGAUUCAUGUGGCCAGCAAAUGGAAAAAGUAGGAGUAGAUGAAGGUGACCCACAACCACCAUUGCCUAGAGUUGAUAGAUUUGGGUUUUUAAAACAAGAUGGUAAUUCAAAUGGUUUUGCUAGAAGCAAAUCAGCCUAUGAACAUCAGAGGGAGGAAAGAAGGAUUAGAAAAUGGAGGAAGAUGAUUGGUGUUGGAGGAAGCGAUUGGAAGCAUUAUGUUCGGAGAAAACCUCAUGUAGUUAAAAGGCGAAUACGGAAAGGAAUUCCUGAUUGUUUGAGGGGGCUUGUUUGGCAGCUAAUUUCUGGAAGUCGGGAUCUUUUGCUGAUGAAUCCAGGAGUAUAUGAGCAACUCGUCAUAUAUGAGACAUCAGCUUCUGAGCUAGAUAUUAUUCGAGAUAUUUCUCGCACCUUCCCUUCACAUGUAUUCUUCCAGCAGAGGCAUGGACCUGGUCAGAGGUCUCUUUACAAUGUUCUGAAAGCAUACUCUGUAUAUGACAGAGAUGUUGGAUAUGUGCAGGGCAUGGGAUUUGUGGCGGGCCUCCUGCUUCUUUACAUGAGUGAAGAAGAUGCAUUUUGGUUAUUGGUUGCCUUGUUGAAGGGAGCUGUACACUCACCAAUGGAAGGAAUGUAUUUGGUAGGACUGCCUCUUGUACAGCAAUAUCUCUUUCAAUUUGAUCAGUUAGUAAAGGAUUUGAUGCCUAAACUUGGAGAGCACUUUUCUCAAGAGAUGAUCAAUCCCAGCAUGUAUGCAAGCCAGUGGUUCAUAACUGUUUUCUCAUAUUCUUUCCCAUUUCACUUGGCUCUUAGAAUUUGGGAUGUAUUUCUCUAUGAGGGUGUUAAAAUUGUAUUUAAGGUUGGAUUGGCUUUAUUGAAAUAUUGCCACGAUGAUCUGGUGAAAUUACCUUUUGAGAAACUUAUACAUGCUUUACGCAACUUCCCUGAUGAUGCAAUGAACCCAGAUACCCUAUUGCCAAUGGCCUAUUCACUCAAGAUCUCCAAGCGUUUGAAAGAACUGAAACAACAAUAUGAAAAGCAACGCGCAAAGGUCCCUGAAGCCCAUGCUAAACCGAAAGAGCCAUCACCCUGACUUUGAUCCAAGAAAGUGCUUGAAUAGGGAGUAGAGUUGUGCAUCUGAAUCGAUUUCGGUUUUUGGAUGUCCCCAUGCUAAUGUUGUGUAUACUAUCAAUUUGGGUGUGUUAUGUGAUUAAAAGGAAUUCAGGAAGAGUGGUAAUGGCUUCUUGUACUUGGAGUGUUGCUGAUUAAUAUGGAGUACAAUGUUUCAAAUUUACAGAAGGUAAAUUAGUAGAGUGGGUGAACUUCUAGUUUGUAAAAAGAAAGAGUUAAUGCUAUAUAGGUUCUUGAGUAUAGUGCCAUUGCCACAUUUAGUCUUAAACUUUCAAUUUAAUCACCUAUAGUCUUUCAACUUUCAAGUUAACUACUUAUGAUCCUUUAACUUUCAAAUGUUAACCAGUUGUGGUCCUAAACUUUGCCUUAAGCUAAUAGAAGGACUACGAUUGGUUAAAAUUUGAAAGUUGAAGGACUAUGGAUGAUUAACUUGAAUGUUGAAGGACCAUGGGUGAUUAAAUUGAAAGUUUAGGACUAAACGUGGUGGUGUCACUAUACUCGGAGGACCCAGUUAACAUUUACUUUAAAACGAAAUGUAUGAAAAAAAAAAAAAGGUAGUCAUUUUCUGGUGCAAAGUCAGAUUGAGAUAAGUUUUAACAGCGAUGGCAAUUGCAGGGUGCAGAUUGGAUUUCUUAUGGUAACAUGGUUUGGAAUUGUAUCCCUCGUGGGUCAACACCUACAAUGUUGCAAACUCUUGAUCUUUUAUUUAUUGUGACACAUCUUGUAUCUACUCCACAAGACUUAAUGGGCAUAUUAACUUUAUAUUUUACCA